AUGGGUCGUCUAAAUAGUAAUCGGGAAUAUCUGUUACAACAUUUUGACUCUGCAUUCCUAAGAGAACCUCAAAAGGCCUGUUUUAAAGAAGUGAUCAAUCUGGAGGAUUUGUUGUUGAAAAUUAAAGACGAGUGCUAUGCAGACUUCUGCAACCUGAAAGGUAUUAAACAUUUGAUUGAAAAUUAUCAUAGCAAACGAUCUGACUGGGAGAGGUAUUGUUAUCUUGAUCCUAAAGAAAGUUACAGCAGUAACCUUGUCAUAGAGAACCCAGGCAGAUACAGCGCUUUGAUUCUAUGUUGGCAGCCUGGAAAGGGAGGUAAGAUCCAAGCUCACGAAGGCUCGGACUGUUUCUUUAAGAUACUUCAAGGAUGUCUGAAAGAGGAACAAUACCACUGGCCUAGUUUUAGAGGCACGCCCAUGGAACUGGAACAAGAACAAACGUAUUAUGUUGACGACCUAAAUUAUAUGUCAGACGUGAAAGGCCUCCAUCGUGUCACUAACAACAGUGAGGACCAGGUUGCUGUCUCCCUUCAUAUUCAUACUCCUCCCUUCAGACACUAUUCUUGGUUUAAGGAAGAAACCGGAGAAUUGAAUAGGUCAGAGGUGACAUUUGUUUCUGUUGGAGGGAAACCCAAGGGACACGCCUGCAUCUUGGUGAAUCAGUAUUCAGAGAACUCGAACCAAUUUUUAUAAGGAACGUAUCAAGGUGUUUGUAGUCGUUCAACAAAACGUGAGACUGGGCCAAGAAAUAAGCAUUUAAAUGUAGGAAUAUAAUAGUUCAUUAUACGACAUUUUGUGAAGCUUUCUGUGUGAUUAAAUCUAUGUCCUUAUAAGUUUUUAAUAUUAUUACUUUUAUUAUCGCAUCCAAUGUGUUUCAUAUUAAAAAUUUA